UGAAAAGGGAGUGUCUUUAAAUGUGUCUCACCCUGAUUGGAAUGAGCUGCAGCAGGUGAGAGAGACGUCUCCAAGUGUCACUACAGCAUAUUUCUUUGCUGGAGGGAGAUAAACGACCAUGAUGGGAGUUUGGGCUUCUUUACUAAUGAUGUAUGGAUUCUCUAUAGCUUUUUCAAAGAACUCUGCAGAAUUUGGAUUAAAAGGACAACCUCCACUGGAUCUGGCUCCGAACGCUGUUGACGACAUGUACGCAGGUUGCAGAGACAAGAUGGAGAACAGAGUGAAGAAGCAGUAUCUGGCAAAAGAGAAAAACAAAGACAAAAAUUUCAUGCUGGCCUGGGGUGAAGCAGAGAAAUAUUACAACAAGAAAUGGAAGCGUAAGGGGAAGAGGCCGUCCACGGGACUGGGCAAAGAACAGAUCAUGGCUCUUUAUGUUUACAGCCUCGACAAGCCGAAUGUUUAUCUGGAAUUUAACAAUGCAGUUCGAACUAAUAAAUCUGUGUACAUGACCACAUUCAAGUAUCACGCACUUCACUUUUUCCUGACCGAUGCCCUUCAGACGCUCAGUGCUCGUAAACCUGAAGUGGAAAGAUGUCUGACUGGCUACAGGAGAGUCAACAGCUACUUCAGUCAGGACGUCCUAAACAAGCUGAUUCGCUUUGGCUCUUUCACCUCCAGCUCAAUGGGAUGGUACCCCAGCUCUGAGAGGUUUGGUGACAAGUCGUGCUUUGAGAUUGUGACGUGCUCCGGAGUGGACAUCUCGCUGUACUCGAAGCUCGGGGAGGCAGAGAGAGAAGCGCUCAUUCCUCCCUAUGAGGUCUUUAAAGUGGCAAAGAUAGAGAGGAGAUCUGACCUCAAGAGUCUGCCCUGUGAGGUGGUGUAUAAACUGAAGAGUGCACGCAAACCUCUCUCCAGAUUGAACUGUUCUCUUUUUAAAAAUCAUCAACCCCACAUGUUCUCUUUUCUGCGUGUGAAGGGAUCCACAAAGCAAUGACGACUAUUAUUUAAGUUGGUUCUUGGGUAACACAUCACUUUUUAAAUCAACAGUUUGGGAGCCUGGUGAAGCACCUGCAAAACACAUAACCCACUUUUCUAGUUGCAUAAAAAAUGUAAUGAAUAUUAAAAACAUGUGGUUGUAUACAGUCAUAUUAAUACAAUAAUUGUACUGAGUUGCAUUAAAUUGAAUUGUAUCCAAAGUAAUAAAACAAAUUGUUUAUUUCAAAA